AUGCAAAAGAAUUCCAUCAUUGACUUCAAGGCUUUGGAAAGAGAGCUGCAGGCUGCACUUGAUGCUGAUGAGAAAUACAAAAGGGAGAAUGCAGCCAAGUUUCGAGCAGUAGAACAGAGGGUGGCUUCCUAUGAAGAAUUCAGGGGCAUUGUCCUUGCUUCACAUUUGAAGCCACUGGAGAGAAAGGACAAAAUUGGAGGGAGGAAUACUGCGCCCUGGAAUUGCCACUGUACUCUGGAAAGAGCCCCCCAGGAGGAGACCACUAAUUUCUCCCAGGAGAAACCACCCUUCCAGCCUGAGACCUCAGCAGAGUUCUACCGCGACUGGCGGCGACAUCUGCAGAGUGGCCAGGAGCGCUACCAGGCUCUGCUGCAGCUUGGGGCCACAAAGCUGGGCAGCCUCUUCCACACCGACGUGGGGUUCGGUCUCCUGGGGGAGCUGUUGGCAGCGCUGGCAGAUCACGUGAGGCCGGCAGACAGGCCGAGGGUGCUGGAGAUCCUGCACAGCUUGGCCCACACGGGCCGCUUCGCCCUGAACCUCAGCCUCCUGAGCCCAGAUGAGCAGCAGAGUUGCCAGGUCUUGUUUCAGAAGCUGCAGGCCAUGAGCAUCGCCAUCCCCGAGGUGGGGCUCAGCCAGGGGGAACGGGGUCCGGAGGAUGGGCAGCCUGGUGGGUUCUGGGAGGAAGAUGGGCUCCUGCAAGAGCUGCUGGGGCUGUACCAGGUGGACUGACAAGACCAGCCACCUUCAGUGGCCC